AUGCUCAAAGUGGAACCCACGCUUUUACUAUCGGCCUCGUCGUCCGCCACCGCCAUCGAAGACCCUGACCCUUCCCACCUGCAAACACGAACGAUGACCCCUCGUGCUCCCUCUGUAGGCGAAUACACAUUCCUCGACGCAUCUUCGAGCUCGUUUACUUCAGAACGUCGCGGCCCCCGCAUACGCACCGCGCCCCCUGUGCCCGUCCCGAAUUUAACAAAGAAAAGUCGUGGACGCCGAGUGCCCACCGCAGAAGACGCCGCCGCUGUCGAGGGGGAUACUGACGGUAAGAAGAAUAGGGUCUAUGUAUGCAAGGUGGAAGAUUGUGGCAAAUGCUUCAGUCGUGGCGAACACUUGAAAAGGCAUAUCAGGUCCAUCCACACUCAUGAAAAACCAUUCAAGUGCACUCACCCCUCCUGCGAUAAGCGCUUCAACCGCAACGACAACCUUCUGCAACACUUGCGUGUGCACAAA